CAGUCUAGCCAUUCUCAUGGCACGGGUCGAGCGACGCCAAACCCGGAGGAAUAUCUUUGUUCCGUGUCAGCUGGCGUGCCCUAAGUUCUCCCCCAAACGCGUCAAGAUUGCUCGCUCGAUUGGUCCGACAUGCCAAUGUGUCACACCACCAUCCAUGGCUCUUUGACAUCGGAGGUUUGCCUAGAGUUUGAGUGGCAAUAUUACCUAAAAAGAAACGCUGCUCAGCUCAUGUCAGUGGUCACAAAGGGGAGUCCAAGACACGUGGAAGUAGUUGCGUUUCAUACUUUCACACUAACUGUCACCCUGUCGUAUGUAAUUUUCCUUUGCCCUAAACCUGCUUUUAUUACCCGUUUUCCCGCGUGGAGGUUGCCCCAUGUGGCGCCAAUUUAAGUCUUGCUUGGCUGAACUCUACUCCCCACCCUGACCCUACUUGACCUUGACCUGUCUUUCUCCCUUCCCUCUCCAUACAACCGGUUACGCCUUCACUUACUGAUAUGCAGAG